ACCUCUCUGCUCAGCCCUGGCACGUGAAGAUGGCCAAUCUGACCUACGACAACUUCACCGCCAGCAACCGCUCCGAGGCAACAGUUCAGUCUCCCACCAACUACAAGACCGUGGAGCUGGUUUUCAUUGUCACAGUCACUGGCUCGCUCAGCCUCGUCACCGUGGUGGGGAACAUCCUGGUGAUGUUGUCCAUCAAGGUGAACCGCCAACUCCAGACCGUCAACAACUACUUCCUCUUCAGCCUGGCCUGUGCAGACCUCAUCAUUGGGGUCUUCUCCAUGAAUCUCUACACAGUCUAUAUCAUCAAAGGCUACUGGCCACUGGGUGCUGUAGUGUGUGACUUGUGGCUGGCCCUGGACUAUGUGGUGAGCAAUGCCUCUGUCAUGAACUUACUCAUCAUCAGCUUUGACCGGUACUUCUGUGUCACCAAACCCCUGACGUACCCAGCCAGGAGGACCACCAAGAUGGCAGGGUUAAUGAUUGCAGCCGCAUGGAUAUUGUCCUUCAUUCUCUGGGCCCCUGCCAUCUUGUUCUGGCAGUUCAUUGUUGGCAAGAGGACAGUCCCCGAGGGGGAAUGCUACAUCCAGUUCCUUUCCAACCCUGCAGUGACCUUUGGCACAGCAAUUGCUGCUUUCUACCUGCCUGUGGUCAUCAUGACAGUGCUGUACAUCCACAUCUCACUGGCCAGCAGGAGCAGAGUGAGGAGACACAAGCCUGAAAGCAGGAAAGAGAGGAAAGGCAAGUCCAUCACUUUCCUCAAAGGCCCCUUGAUCAAACAGAACAACAACAACUCUCCCAAGAGGGCCAUGGAAGUGAAGGAAGAGAUGAGGAAUGGGAAAGUAGAUGACCAGACCUCAGCCCAGACAGAGGCUACUGGCCAUCAUGAGGAGAAGGAGACCUCCAAUGAGUCCAGCACUGUCAGCAUGACCCAGACCACAAAAGACAAGCCAACAACAGAAAUCUUGCCAGUGGGGCAAGGGCAGAGCCCAUCCCACCCCCGGGUGAACCCAUCUUCCAAGUGGUCCAAGAUUAAGAUCGUCACCAAGCAAACUGGGACCGAAUGUGUCACUGCCAUUGAGAUUGUCCCAGCUAAGGCCGGAGCCUCUGAACACAACUCACUGGCCAACAGUCGCCCUGCCAACGUUGCCAGAAAGUUUGCCAGUAUCGCCAGGAGCCAAGUACGGAAGAAGCGCCAGAUGGCAGCCAGGGAGAAGAAAGUCACCCGGACCAUAUUUGCUAUCCUGCUAGCCUUCAUACUCACAUGGACUCCAUAUAACGUGAUGGUCCUUAUUAACACAUUCUGUGAGACCUGUGUCCCUGAGACAGUGUGGGCCAUCGGCUAUUGGCUCUGCUACGUCAACAGCACCAUCAACCCAGCCUGCUACGCCCUCUGCAAUGCCACUUUCAAGAAAACUUUUAAGCACCUUCUCAUGUGCCAAUACAGGAACAUUGGCACAGCCAGAUAAACUGGCACUCAGGGACCACUUUAGCAAAGUUAUGGAAAUCUUUCCCUUUGCCUCCUUUGCUGGGGUGAGUCCUCGGCUCCCCACUCACAAGAGUGCAGACUGUGCAGUGAAUGCAGAUGAUGCCCUUCACCCAAAGCUGACAAACAUCCAAGGCACUCUGGGCUGCAGCUCCUUCUAGUCACCUUUGGCCUGGGGACUGACUUGGGG